UCUCGCUUCUUCUUCUUCUUCUUCUUACAUGGCGCCUCAAGCCUCAUUCUUCUUUCUAAUGGCGUUUGAGUUUCCUUUACCAGUUUCUCUCUCUUGUAAAACGUGUCUUUCUCUCUAGCAAAACCCUCUCCCGUCUUAGGAUUUUCUUAUCUGUCUCUGUCUCCGGCCAUGGCGUUUCCCGCCUUUUUGCUGUGUUUUUUCUUGUUCCUGUUUCUGGUCUUCUCUGCCUCGACCUCCAUUGAUGAAGCUAGCUCGGAAACGAACUCUCUGGUUUCGUUCAAACUUUCGCUUGAGAACCCACAAGUCCUUUCUUCGUGGAACAGGAAGUCUCCGGCUUCGUCUCACUGCGACUGGAUCGGCGUUACGUGUCAGUUCGGCCAAGUCCACUCUCUCUCUCUCCCCGCUAUGUCCCUCAGAGGUCGUCUUUAUCCUUCUCUUUUCUCGCUCCGGUUUCUCACAAUUCUCGACUUGUCGGAGAAUUCUCUCUCUGGCGAGAUUCCGCCGGGAAUUUCGAGGUUGAAGGGUUUGAAACAACUCUCUCUGGGCGGAAACCGAUUCUCCGGGAUGAUUCCAGCGGAAAUCGGUGGGUUGGCUCAGCUCGAAUCGCUUCAACUCGGUCCCAACCUUCUCUCCGGUCCAAUCCCCCCGGAGCUGGGGAGACUGAAACGGCUUCAGAAUCUCGAUCUCUCCGGAAACUCGCUGACCAGAACGUUUCCGAGUGGGCUCGGCGAGCUGACUCAUUUGCUGUACCUGGACCUAAGCGACAACUAUCUCUCAGGUUCCCUUCCUCCGGCUAUCUUCUCCAACUUUCCAGCUUUAACCUCGCUUGAUGUAUCGAACAACUCAUUUUCGGGGGAAAUCCCGGCGGAAAUCGGAAAACUGAGCUACCUUUCCGAUCUUUACAUGGGUAUGAACAAGUUUUCCGGGACGAUCCCGCCGGAAAUCGGCAAGCUAUCGUCGCUCGAGAAUUUUCUCGCCCCUUCAUGCUCCAUAACCGGACCAUUGCCCAACGAGCUCUCUAAGCUCCACAACUUGACGAAACUCGACCUUUCCAACAACCCAUUGAAGUGUUCGAUCCCGAAAUCCAUCGGAAAUUUGCAGAAACUGAGCGUACUGAAUCUGGUCUACGCCGAGCUUAACGGGACGAUCCCCCCGGAGCUCGGUAACUGCAAGAACCUUAAGACGUUGAUGCUUUCCUUCAAUUCACUGUCUGGAUCACUGCCGCAUCAGCUAUCAGAAAUUCCUCUGCUAACGUUUACAUCAGAAAAGAAUCUGUUUUCAGGUCCAUUGCCCUCUUGGAUCGGCAAAUGGAAGGAGCUGGAUUCGCUUCUGCUGGCAAGCAAUCGGUUUUCAGGGGAAAUUCCUCAGGGGCUUGGGGAUUGUCGAAAGUUGAAGCAUCUUAGUUUGAGUAAUAACUUGUUGACUGGUCCGAUUCCUCGGGAGCUCUGUGAUUCAGGUUCUUUGUUGGACAUUGAUCUUGCCGGGAACUUCCUGUCAGGAACCAUCGAUGGCGUCUUUGUAGGGUGCAAGAAUCUAACCCAGCUGAUUCUUGUGAAUAAUCAGAUAAAUGGUUCCAUACCUGAGUAUCUUUCUCAGCUUCCAUUAAUGGCGGUUGACUUGGACAAGAACAACUUCACCGGGGAAAUCCCCGUGAACCUCUGGAAAUCGGUAAACUUGAUGGAGUUUUCGGCUUCUUAUAAUCAUCUAGAAGGUCAUUUGCCUGCAGAGAUUGGCAAUGCAGUUUCACUGGAGCGACUCGAUCUCAGUAAUAAUCGGCUGAAGGGUGAAAUACCUAGAGAGAUAGGAAAGCUUACUUCUUUGUCAUUCGUGAACCUGAAUUCAAACUUGUUCAAAGGGAAGAUUCCAGUCGAGGUGGGGAAUUGUACUGCACUGACUACCUUGGAUCUCGGCAACAAUAAUCUCAAUGGGUCGAUUCCCGACGAAAUCACUGGUCUUGCACAGCUACAAUGCUUGGUUCUCUCCCACAACAGUCUGUCUGGACAGAUUCCAUCGAAGCCAUCGGCCUAUUUCCAUCAGACCGAGAUGCCUGAUUUGAUCUUUGUUCAGCACCAUGGGGUGUUUGAUCUCUCCUACAAUAUGUUGACAGGCCCCAUACCACAGGAACUUGGUAACUGUGUGGUUGUGGUGGAUAUUCUGCUUAGCAACAAUCAGCUUUCGGGGGAGAUUCCGGCUUCACUCUCUCGUUUGAUGAAUCUCACAACAUUGGACCUAUCCGGAAAUGCCCUUUCUGGCUCUAUCCCAGAGGCGAUCGGCAAUAGUCGUAAAUUGCAGGGCUUGAACUUGGGAAAUAAUCAACUCGCUGGCUCUAUACCUCAAAGCUUUGGCCUUUUGGAUAGCUUGGUUAAGUUGAACUUGACUGGAAACAAGCUGAACGGAUCAGUUCCUGCUUCUAUUGGGAAAUUGAAGGAGCUUACCCACUUGGACCUGAGCCACAACGAGCUAACUGGUGAACUCCCUUUAGCCUUGUCUGAGAUGCUCAACCUUUUGGGCAUUUAUAUUCAGCAGAACAGCUUCUCUGGCAGAAUAGACGAUCUCUUCUCUGGCUCCUUUGCAUGGAAAGUUGAGAGUAUGAACUUCAGCAACAAUCUCUUUGGGGGCAGCUUGCCAGCGUCAUUGGGGAACUUGUCUUAUCUGAUUUUCCUAGAUCUCCAUGGCAAUAAGUUCACUGGAGAAGUCUCUUCAGGCUUCGGCAAUCUUAUGCAGCUCGAGUACCUGGAUGUUUCUCUGAACAGGUUAUCUGGACAGAUACCAGAGAAAGUUUGUGCUUUGCCCAAUCUACAUUUCCUGAGUUUUGCAGAUAACAUGUUCAAAGGGGAUGUCCCCAGCAGCGGCAUUUGCAAGAAUCUGUCAAAGGCUUCGUUUUCGGGGAAUAAAGGCUUGUGCGGAAGAAUAACAGGAUUAAACUGCAAGAUAAGAGGACACCUCGAUCAAACAAACUUGCUGAACGCUUGGGGGCUUGGGGGAAUUGUGAUUGGGAGUAUCUUCCUUGUCUUUGCAACUAUUUUCUCUCUUCGCAGAUGGGUAGUAAUGAGAAACGUGAGGCAGAGAGACACCGAGAGAACAGAGGAAUGCAGGCUGAAGGGUUUCAUCGAGCCAAACCUCUAUUUCCUCAGCGGCAGCAGAUCAAAGGAGCCAUUAAGCAUUAACGUGGCUACAUUUGAGCAGCCACUUCUCAAGCUGAGCCUAGCCGACAUUCUUCAGGCAACAGACAACUUCUGCAAGAAGAACAUAAUAGGAGACGGUGGCUUUGGGACAGUGUACAAAGCUUCUCUACCCAGUGGCAAAACAGUGGCGGUUAAGAAGCUAAGCCAAGUAAAAACACAGGGAAACCGAGAAUUCAUUGCAGAAAUGGAGACACUGGGGAAAGUGAAGCAUCCAAACCUGGUUUCUUUGAUGGGUUACUGUUCUUUCAGGGAAGAGAAGCUUCUGGUUUAUGAAUACAUGAAAAACGGAAGCUUAGAUCACUGGCUAAGGAACCAAACCGGGAUUCUAGAGGUACUCGACUGGCCCAAACGGCUCCAAAUCGCGACAGGAGCGGCUCGAGGGCUAGCCUUUCUCCACCACGGGUCCAUCCCCCACAUCAUACACCGUGACAUCAAAGCCAGCAACAUCUUGCUGGACAACGAGUUCAAGCCAAAGGUUGCGGAUUUCGGGCUGGCGAGACUGAUAAGCGCCUGCGAGACCCAUGUCAGCACGGACAUAGCCGGGACGUUCGGGUAUAUACCACCGGAGUACGGGCAAAGCGGCCGAGCCACGACCAAGGGAGAUGUAUACAGCUUUGGGGUGAUAUUGGUCGAGCUUGUGACGGGGAAAGAGCCGACAGGGCCGGACUUCAAGGAAAGCGAAGGCGGGAACUUGGUGGGAUGGGUGUUUCAGAAGAUAAACAAGGGAAAUGCUGCGGAAGUUCUGGACCCAAUGGUUCUGACUAGGGUUUCGAAGCCGUCGAUGCUUAGGGUCCUGCAGAUCGCUGUUCUUUGCCUGGCGGAGACUCCGUCGAAUCGCCCCGCCAUGGCUGAUGUUUUGAAGGCACUGAAAGAGACUGUGAAAGGCGGCGGCUUUGCUUAGGAGUGGCUGUUGUCGGGGUUUCUUGUUGUUGAAGUAACUGCUAACCAACCAAAAAAAAAAAGUGUGUUUAGGGGAUUGUGAGGCUAAGUUAAUCUUCUUAUAACACACUAUUUGCUCGUAAGGCAGCGUUUUGUUGUAAAACCAAAUUGGGAGCCGACCAAACCC